GCGGGCGGGCAUGGCGAGGGCGCCCGGCGCUGGUGAUCCAGUGCCGGGGUCUGUAGCGCGGCCCGUCCCCGGCGGCGGCGGCGGCGGAGCGAGCGCGCGCACGUGACCGGCCCCGGCCCUCGGUGCCGCCGCGAACGGCCGCGCUCACACACGCACAGACACGCGGCACCCGCGCCUCCAUCCAUCCAUCCAUCCAGCCUCCCGUCCCUCCAGCCCCGCUGCCCCGCACGCACCGCGCCGCCCGCCGCCAGCGCGAAGCUGUCGGCACCACUCCGCGGGGACAGCGCCAGCGGCGGCGGCAGCGACCCCGCAAGAGGCAAGAGUUUGCGAGGGCUGCUCGCGCCUUCCCGAAGAGGUUUUGCUCCCAGAGGAUGGCUGGCUGCGGGCUGUCGGAAGACGCUUGCUUCUCCUCCUUCUUUUACAACUACACCUCCUCCUGGGAGACCUCCUACAACCAGUGUGCUGCUCUGGUUGGUGAAGACCAGCCUCUUUGCCCAGAUCUCCCAGAACUUGACCUCUCUGAACUCGAUGUGAAUGACCUGGAUGCAGACAGCUUUCUGGGGGGACUCAAGUGGUAUAGCGACCAGUCAGAGAUCAUCUCCAAUCAGUACAGCAAUGAACCCGCCAAUAUAUUUGAGAAGAUAGAUGAAGAGAGCGAAGCAAACUUGCUAGCUGUUCUCACUGAAACACUGGACAGCAUCCCUGUGGAUGAGGAUGGAUUGCCUUCAUUUGAUGCAUUGACAGAUGGAGAUGUGACCAACGAAAAUGCCACUAGCCCUUCUCCAAUGCCCGACGGCACCCCUCCAACUCAGGAGGCAGAAGAGCCGUCUCUACUUAAGAAGCUCUUGCUGGCUCCAGCUAACACUCAGCUAAAUUACAAUGAAUGCAGUGGUCUCAGCACACAAAACCAUGCAAACACUAAUCACAGGAUCAGAACAAGCCCUGUGGUUGUUAAGACUGAGAAUUCAUGGAGCAAUAAAGCGAAGAGCAUUUGUCAACAGCAAAAGCCUCAAAGACGUCCCUGCUCUGAACUUCUCAAAUAUCUGACUACGAAUGAUGACCCUCCUCAGACCAAACCAGCAGAGAACAGGAACAGCAGCAAAGAGAAAUGCACCUCCAAAAGGAAGCCCCAUCUGCAGUCUCAGACAAAUCAUCUGCAAGCCAAACCAACAAGUUUAUCACUUCCAUUGACGCCUGAGUCACCAAAUGAUCCCAAGGGUUCCCCAUUUGAGAACAAGACUAUUGAACAAACCUUAAGUGUGGAACUCUCUGGAACUGCAGGCCUAACUCCACCUACGACCCCUCCUCAUAAAGCCAACCAAGAUAAUCCUUUUAGGACUUCACCUAAGCCGAAGUCAUCAUGCAAGACUGUUGUACCACCUUCAAAAAAACCCCGCUAUAGUGAGUCUUCUGGUUCUCCAGGAAAUAACCCGAUCAAGAAGGGUCCGGAACAGUCUGAGCUGUAUGCACAGCUUAGCAAGACUACAGUACUGUCCAGUGGACAUGAGGAGAGAAAGACAAAACGGCCCAGUUUGCGGCUGUUUGGUGACCAUGACUACUGUCAAUCUGUGAAUUCAAAAUCAGAAAUACACAUUAAAAUAUCCCAGGAACUUCAGGACUCAAGACAACUAGAAUUUAAGGAUUCUUCACCUGGGUGGCAGUGUCAGAUUUGUUCUUCUUUAGAACAAGACCAGUAUUUCAAGAAAGAGACUUUACAGACAAAUAAGCAGGGAUCCCAUGGUAAUAACAGAAAACAGCUCCAAGACCAGGAAAUUCGGGCUGAACUGAAUAAGCAUUUUGGUCACCCCAGCCAAGCUGUUUUUGAUGAAGAAGCAGAUAAGACCAGAGAACUAAGGGACAGUGAUUACAGUGAUGAACAAUUCUCCAAACUACCUAUGUUUAUAAAUUCAGGACUAGCAAUGGAUGGUCUGUUUGAUGACAGUGAAGAUGAAAGUGAUAAACUAUGCUACCCUUGGGAUGGGACACAAGCCUAUUCAUUAUUUGAUGUAUCACCUUCUUGCUCUUCUUUUAACUCUCCAUGCAGAGAUUCAGUGUCUCCACCCAAAUCCUUACUUUCUCAAAGAUCCCAAAGGACACGGUCUAGAUCAAGGUCCUUUUCUCAACGCAGGUCUUGUUCCCGUUCUCCAUAUUCCCGGUCGAGAUCAAGGUCGCCCUGUAGUAGAUCCUCUUCAAGAUCUUGUUGCUAUUAUGAGUCCAGCCACUGUAGGCACCAAGCAUGCCGAAGUUCUCCCUUACGUGCAAGAUCGCGGUCCAGAUCACCGUACAGUCGCAGACCCAGAUAUGACAGCUAUGAGGAAUAUCAGCAUGAAAAGCUGAAGAGGGAAGAAUACCGCAAAGAGUAUGAAAAACGGGAAUCUGAAAGGGCCAAACAAAGGGAGAGACAGAGGCAGAAAGCAAUUGAAGAACGUCGUGUGAUUUAUCUGGGUAAAAUCAGACCUGACACAACCCGAACAGAACUGAGGGACCGUUUUGAAGUUUUUGGUGAAAUUGAGGAGUGCACAGUAAAUUUGCGGGAUGAUGGAGACAGCUAUGGUUUCAUCACCUACCGCUAUACUUGUGACGCCUUCGCUGCUCUUGAAAACGGAUACACUUUGCGCAGGUCAAAUGAACCUGACUUUGAGCUGUACUUCUGUGGACGCAAGCAAUUUUGCAAGUCAAACUAUGCAGACCUAGAUUCAAACUCAGAUGAUUUUGAUCCUGCUUCCACUAAAAGCAAGUAUGACUCCAUGGAUUUUGAUAGUUUACUUAAAGAGGCACAGCGGAGCCUGCGUAGGUAACAUGCAUGUCAUCCGAAGAAAACAAGGGGAUGGCGAAUACCUCACGGACGUCACGUCCUUCAAUAAUGGACAACUAAAAAGUCGUACUUAGGAAUUUCUCCUACUUUACACUCUCUGUUCAAAACCAUGGUUUACAUGAACACAGCUGCUCGACGAGUGGAGGGGCAAGACGGCUGUCCAGUAAGCACACGCAUGUCCAUGGGUGUCAGCUUUGCUUUCGCGGUGAUCGGUGGCGGGGGAGCCGGGUGUUCCUUGCGAGUUCAAUGCAAAUCACGAGACAUGGCAGCAGUUCCACAGAGAUAUACGUACAACAAUGAACUGCAAAACCUGUACAUAUUGCAUUUUAACAAAAAAAAGAACAAAAACAAACAGAAAAAACCCCAAUGUGAGAACUAUGGCUGCUGAUGUCUGGGAAUCAGACACUGCUUUUUUGUUUUGUUUUUUUUAAAGAAGCUUCUUCUCACAACAUGGUGAUAAUACGACAAUCCAGAAAAAAACCACAGGUCCCAGAAGCCUACAGUCUGUUUUAGCUUUGUUUUAAGAUUGUUCUUUUUUUUUUGUUGGGGUUUUCUUUGUGAGUUUUUUGGGUUUCUGGGGUUUUUUUUCAGUCCUUGCAGAAAAGAAAAUGAAAGGCUCAAGCUUCCCUAACAUUUUGAAGUUUCAUCUUUUAAUUCUGACACCCAUGUAAAUGUCUACAACAUUGAUCUUCCACAGCAAAAUUUUCAAAGCCUUGUUAAUGGUCAAAUGUGCAGCUUGUUCAGCGAUUUAUUCUAAUGAGCGGACGUGGUGUUACAUUAUUAAUGAGAGUUGGAUAUAACUAUCUGGGUGUGUGCGCAGAUAGUUUAUUUGCUACAUUCUCUAAAGUAGUUGAGUAUUUACAAAUGUUAAAUGGAUUAUUUUUAUUUAUGUACAUACUGUAUGACGAUGUUCUUUUUUGUUACAGCUAUGCACUGUAAAUGCAGCCUUCUUUUCAAAAACUGCUGAAUUUUUCUUAAACAAGAAUAUUCAAAUGUAAUUAUAGGAGGUGAAACAAUUAUUGUACACUAACAUAUGUAGAAAGCUGAACUUAUGCUUAUAUAUAUUUGAUUGUAAAAAAAAAAGACAAAAACGUGUGGGUGAGGGUGUGAGUGUGUGUGUAUAUGUGUGUGCGCGUGUGUAUCUGAGUGCAAAAAUCAAUUACACACAUUCAUCCCUUCUUUGGUGAACUUAUAUAAGAAUUUUGUCAAGAGCUGUCCUAGCCCAAAAGGUAUUAACCACUUCUGCAGUAGUUUUCCACAUUUUUCUCAUUGCUUGAUUUUCUUUUGCAGUUUUAUACACUGAAUUUGUUAGGGGAAUGAAAUUUUCUCAUCUAAAUUUUUCUAGGAGAUAUCAUAAUUUUAUGUAAAGUCUCUCAAAUGGGUAAUCAUUAAGAAAUGUCUUUAUUUUAUGUAUCAACAGUAGUUUUGAAACUAGAGGUCAAAAAUCUUUUUAAAAUGCUAUUUUGUUUUAAUUUUUGUGAUUUUAAUUUGAUAAAAAUAUGCUGAGGUACUAAGUACAGUAUGAUUUUUACAGUAAUUCUGUGUCUAAACACUGUUCUUGAAGCCAGUAAUCUUUUCAUUGGCAGUUUAAUGAUGGUAUUUAUCUAUAUUUUUUACAGUUACACAUCCUGUAUAAAUACCAAUCCUUCAUUCCUUUGUUUACUAAAGACACAUAUUUAUCAGUUACAAUUAUCCUAUUUAUUAUAAAUUAUGAGAUGACUAAAAGAAUAAAAAGGCCAGUGGAAAUUUUAUACCUAGGAUGCAUGAUGGUUGUCAGUUUGGGGUAAGCAAGUGCUUUGUUUGGCAAUUCUGCUUUUGCAGGAGGAGUGAGUUGUUUGGGUUUUUUUUCUUUUUUUACUAUGCACUAGCAUGGCCUCAGAUGUGCCCAUGACAUUGUUGCUGAUGACAUUGCUUCUGUUAAAUUAAAUAGAAACUUCAGGAAAGAAAAAAACCACAAGAGUAAACUACUGCUAAUCUGAGCAUCAGAAUUUCAUCUGAACUCAGAGUCUCUACACUGAAUCAGCAAAGUUUGAAAUUUGCUUGAAUGUAUAGGUUUGUUAUUCUCUUACUGUUUGGCAUUCAUGACUACUCUUAAAGGUAUGGCACACCUAACUAUUUAAUCUACUUUCCCACUCCAAAUCUUAGAAAACUGAUUCCACCCCCAUGCCAGUGCAGUUGAUUUUGAUGGCUGCAUUCAUUUUAUCACCAGCAUAUUGUGUUCUGAGAGAUUCCACUGUCUGUCCUGUUGGAUGCUUGCUCGAUUUUUUGGCUUCUUAUUUCUCAGUAGAUAGAUAGCAAUAAAACAAAACAAAAAAAAGAAAAGAACUUUUCUGGAGGUUCUGUGUUACAAAUGUAACAUUCUUUAAUCUGCAUAAUUCUUGUUGUUGCUCUGUAGGUUAAAAAUGCAGGUAUUUUAACUUUGUGUGAAUGCCAAACUAAACGUUUACAAUUUUCCUUUCUGGAUUUUGAGUAUCUUCUGUUGUAAAGAAAAAUAUUAAAAGCAAUAAAUUAUUUUUAAGAAAUCAGUAUUUAGUAUAUCAUAUUAUGUGUUCAAGGACCAGAUGCAUUACCUAUUUUGCCUUUACAUUUCUGUGAUUAAAUUUUAAAACAUUCUCUUUUGCCCUUGAUUGCUGACAUUAAUAAAUUGGUGUGGGGCUUGUCGGGGGGAUUAUUUAUUUUUCACCAAGCAGGCAUAAUGAUUAGUCAAUUUUAUUUUUUUUUUUCACUGGCCUGGCAAACAUUCUCAUCUUGAAGAUGUCUUUCCUCUGUGGAUUUACAAAUUACAUGUGAAAUUAAUAGAGCUAGGAUUGCUGAAUAAAGCUAUUUGGAUCCUUCAUAGACACUGUAGUAGGAAACCCAUCAAAAUAUAAACUUGGUGUUUCCUUUUCUUUUUUACUUCCCCGAGAACAUUUCAAAUUAGCACAUGUACCACAUUGUCACCGAAGGCAAAUUGCAGCAUAGCUCUGUGUGUCUUUUAGAUGAAGAUUGUACUGUUGCUUUCAUGCUGUGGUAAGUACCAUGUCCACAAUGCAGGUAACAGAAGUGGUACUUAGAAACUAUGGACUUUCCUAGAACUGUAACAAAGUAAUUCCUACAGAACAGAAAGUGAUCUAAAUACUAAUCCAAACAGGGGGAUCCUAAAGUUUAAGAAAAAUAUCUGAGCUAGACUACUCUGAAAAGCAGUUGGGCUGCCAUCAGAACUGAAAGCAGAACUGAGAGAAAAGUUUGUGCCUCUGGGGUAUAAUACUUGGGUCAGUUGAAAAAAAAAAUCACAAAGCGACCACAACUUAUCAUCCCUUUAGAUGUAAGCUUACAGUAGGUAAUGAUUAUGUGUCCUUUUUGAUGGCUGUAAUGAGAACUUCAAUCACUGUAGUAUAAGAUCUGAUCUAUAAAUGACCUAGAAUAGCCAUGUAAUAUAAUGUGAUGAUUCUAAAUUUGUACCUAUGUGACAGACAUUUUCAAUAAUGUGAAACACUGACCUUAUGGAGCUACUGUAAGAUUUGUACAGUAUAGGUGAACAUGUAAAGCUGUUGGUUAGACUAUGCUGAACAGGGAAAAUGAGAUACUAGUUAAGCCCAAGCUGGGCUAUUUUCCACCUGCCGAUUCUACAUGUACUUUUGUGGUUUAAGUCAUUGUAUGAAAAUUCCUGUGAUUUUUUUUUCUUUUUUUUUAAUGUGCAGUACACAUCAGCCUCACUGAGCUAAUAAAGGGAAACGAAUGUUUCAAAUCCAUUUCUGUUUCUCUUUUUUAUCACAGGUGACAGGUUUUUUCCCCCUCAACAGGUUGUGUACUGGGUUUUCUAUUACUCUUUCUAGUGGUUGUAAUUGAUUUGAGAUAGUAGUCCAGAGCACACCUGCAUUACUGCACUUUGGCCAGGGGACAGAACUGCCAGUUUUAAUACAUUUAAUGGUUAAAAGAUUCUACAUGCCUUUCUGCCAUGAGUACCCAAGGCUGUUGAAGAGAUGACGUAAACCAUGUAGGGAAACUUGAAUAAUCCUCAGUGGAGUUUAGGAGUUGCUGGUUUGAGUUAGGAAGGGGUGGGGAAUGUAAGGGCUUUUCUGUCUAACCAUGCUUGGAUCUAAGUUGUGGAGGAAGUAGGAACUGAUGAGUGCAAAAUGGUUAGUAUCUUCUGUCCUGAGAUGAUAAAUACCUGUACUAGGAGAAAGCAUGUCAUGAGAGCCCUUCACCAGCCUCUCUGUCUCAGCAGAUGUUUGGGGACGACCAGACAGGUAGGCAGCUGGAAAGUGUGGCUUUUCUGAAUCCUGUACAGUGUGCAGCAUGGUGUAUUUCCACACCAGCAUUGCCACAGGGCAAGCAACAGAUAGGCCAUGGGGAUACCAAAGGGUAUUCACAACCUGUCUUUUACAUGCACAAAAGAGGGGAAGAAACUGCUUUUCUUUGGUUUGCCCAGGGUUCACUCACAUGUAGCCAAUUUAUGGCUGUAAGCCUAUCCUGCUGUGUCCACAGCCUUCUCUGGGGUUUUACAGCACAACUCUGUGUGUGACAGAGCCUUCUUAUCUGACGUGCCUCGGCAAGUACCUGGGGAGUGGUGUGAGGAACAGCGCAGGGCAGCCUGCACGGUUGGAGGGCAGCCUGACUGUGGUCUGUAAGUACAGGACUACUGAGUUCUGUUGAAAAAAUUGCCUUUCUCAAGAUGACUACCCUCCACCUCAUCUCUGUUACUAACACUGUGUUUCAUUUAUGCCAUGUUUAGCUUCUGCGUUUUCACCAUUUACUAAUCCAAGCAGUUGUGCUUGGUUCUCACAAGGGUGGUGGAGCAAAGUUCCUCACUGUGUGGGAUUUGCGUUGUUGACUCACUGCUCCUCAUCAAAUUAAUGCUCAAAACGUAGUCAGCCAAAUCAUUCCUGAUGUACUUUAGUCUUGCUGCUGUUCCACAAGGCAUGAAUUUAGCCCAAUAUUUCUCCAGUUACUAAGUUUUUAAUUUGAUUUGUUUAUUCAUUUUAUAUUUUUGCAUAGCACUUUGAUGCUUGGAAAAAAAAAAAAGGACUCUAUUAGAUUUCCAGGAAACUAUUGCUUCUUGCCUUUCAUCUCCUCGUUUUGCAUUAAGGUUUAUUGCAUAAAAUCAGGCCCUUCCAUUGCCUGUUGUCCUGGGUCACCAUUUUUCCCCACAAGCUGAGCUGAGCACCUGAAAUCAGAUUCAGGCACCUCAGUGAGUGGCCUGAUUUUCAGAAACGCUGAGCAUCUCGCAGCUCCCAUCGUCUUCAAUUAGACCUGCUGGCUCUCAGCACUUUUAAAAUCAAGCCACAUAUUUAGAGCCCAAAUUCAGCACAGCAUUUACAUUUGUGCUUAAGUCUGUCCUGAUUCAGCAAAGCACUUAAGCAUGAGUGUUUUUAGAUCCAUUGAAGUCAAGUGCUCGGCUGCUUUGAAUAAAAAUAGACUCCUGGACUGAGGCCUAAGAAUCCAAAUACAGACACCAACACCUAAUUUUAGUCUCCAUUUGGAAAACUUCUGCCUCUCCUACCUUUAACCUUUAAUGCUUACAGAAACACAAAAACACCUGUCAGGUCAUAAGGGAAAGAGAGGGAGGUUUAGGGAAGAGAAGUGGAAGCAAUGAACAAACUUCUUCCUUGUGGAAAAUGUUUUGAAAACUUUAAAUCCAACUCUUGCAAGAUGCCUUGAUUCAUUGCUAUUACUUCAUGUUGCACUUCCAGAAUCUCAUUCAAGAUUAAUGUGCAGUUAUUCUAUUGUCCUUCACCAUUAAUUAAUAAACUGCUAUAUUAAACUUUAACCAGUGCCAACUUCUUCUGCUUUUCCGUGAAUCACAUUCUCACCAUUGAUAUUCCAUGUUCACAAGCAAACUAAUCUAUAAAUCAAUUUCCUCUACUUUAUCAAACAGCAGAAAGUAAUAAAGAAGGUCACAAAUAGUACAGUAGUUCCUUGGAGGUUUGUAACAUCAUAAUUUAAAGCUCAGAAAGAUUGAAUCAAAAGUUGAAUUAAUCCCUAAGGGAAAAGAUUCUAUAUAGAUUCUAUUGAUAGACAUAGGGCAGCCUGUCUUCACUGGGAGCUGGUAUAUUUGUUAAUACUUCAGGGCAAAGGAGACUAGUCGUCUCAGCAAAGAAGAAAAUGAAAUCCUCCAUGAGAGGAAGGGAAUAUGUCCUCUGCGCUUCCUGUCGCUGUGCUCUCCUAACACCUCUCUGCUGGGAAAAAGAGAAAGCCAGCUCAUCCUUUGCUACACGAUGUGCUCUGCUGAACGGCUGGUGUCUGUGCAAAGCAAUUACGGAAACUGAAUGGAAUACAUGUAUAAAUUUUAAAUGUUGCACUUGAUUGGUGCUCAUUCCUCGGCCAAUGCUUUUAUUGUCGAAUAACCUCAACCCAAAAUCUUAGCAGCCUGUGAACCCAAAGCAAAGUGAACGGUUGUUUUUUUCAGUGACAAAUUUUGGUGAAGUUACAAAUAUUUAUUCUGCAGCUGGAAACAUAUUCCUCAAAACAUGUCUAGCUUUUGAGGUUCCUUUGAAUUAUUGCAGCUUCCUUUUAACAUGCUUCUGGAAUCAUAGUUUUGCAAAGGCAUUUCUGAUUCUCUUUUAUAAAAAUAAUCUAUAACCUUAAUGACGUGACUGGACCUGAUGAAUUAAGCUCUUCCAAAUUCAAGUGGAAUUAAUGGGGAGAAAAAGACUCCUGUAUAAAGGGAAAUAACUUUUAAAAAGUUACUAAUGGGCUCAGUUGAAAAAGUUAUAUAUGCAGGUGUGGUAUACAGUGAGAUCUGAUAUACAGUGAUCUGGUAUACAGUGAGAUGAAAUGUACCUUUUUGGAAUGCAUACAUGAUGAAGUACAGGAUGAUAAAAGGAUUUGUGCUUGCAUACUGACUAUUUUCUUGUUGGAUUUGCUAGUAGAGAGGAACUGAACUGGCCUGUGACAAAGGCAACUGAACAGAAAACAGGUACAAUCCCAGCCUCUCCAAAAUCAGUGGCUAAACUCCAACCCUUGGCAGCCUUUUGCAUUAACCCUGGCUUGUGUAAAUAGUGGACAGUGAUCAAAUGUAAAUAAUCUCAUGUGCCUUAUUUGCGUCAUGAUAGAUUGUCCGCCAGAUGUAAUGUAAAUGAAAUCCAAAGCUAAGUAUGAAGAAAAAUUUGUCCUAAAGAGCACAAUAUGUAAGUUGCUGUUAGGACUCUUAAUCAAAUAAAAUAUUUGCUACAGUUUA